UACGGAAGUGGCGUUCCUGCUGAAUAUGUGAGCAUCAAUCAUGGCAGGUCCCAGUCGAAAGCAGAUGUUUCGGUUCCUUAGCCAACUUGGGGCUUUUAUACUUACUCGUUUUGGAUUUUGGAACUGCUUUAGCAUGCUGAUGCUGUUUGCCGAAAGAGCGGACUUAAAAAGAAAGCCAGACAUCCAUUUACCAUACCUGUAUGUGGACAUGGGAGUGGCCGUCCUCUGUGCCAGCUUUAUGUCUUUUGGAGUGAAGAGGAGGUGGUUUGCACUGGCAGCUGCUGUGCAUCUGGCCGUUAGCACUUAUGCUGCGUAUGUUGGAGAACAGGUGCAUUAUGGGGACUGGCUAAAGGUGCGGAUGUACUCCAGAGCUCUGGCGAUCAUCGGGGGCUUUCUGGUCCUGGCCAGCGGUGCGGGGGAGGUGUACAGACGGAAAGCACGCAGCAGAUCUCUGCAGUCCACUGGGCAGAUCUUUCUGGGAAUCUAUCUCAUCUGUGUGGUGUACUCCCUGCAGCACAGCAAGGAGGACAGGCAGGCCUAUCUGAACCACAUCUUUGGAGGGGAGCUCACUCUGGUGCUGCUGGAGGUGCUGUUUGGUGUUCUGGCUCUGGCUUUUCUCUCAGGAUACUACAUCCGCAUCGCCGCUCAAAUCCUGGCCACCAUCCUCCCUCUGGUCAUCCUCCUCAUCGACGGAAACAUCGGCUACUGGCACCACUCUCGCAAGGUGGAGUUCUGGAACCAGAUGAAGCUGAUUGGCCAUAACGUCGGCAUCUUUGGUGCUUUGCUGAUUCUCGCCACUGAUGGUUAAAAACUCUGAAUGUCUGAAAGAACUUCUCCAGCCCGGGGUGCAGGAUGAGAUGGUUGUGGCCUUUUAUUUUCGUCACACCCUGAAUCUAGCUAAAAGCUGCUGUUGCUCAGCAACACCUCAGGAUUCAAACGCUCCACGCUCAGAUGCAUCUGGAAGAAACAAACACACACACAACUUCGUUGUUUUAAAACAAGUGUUGUUAUUUAUUUGGAGUCGUGUUUACAUUUGCUUUGCUCUGACACAUUACGCCAAGAACUGGGACUAUGGUUAAACUUAAGCAGGACACUUUGACUAGUAAAGAGCUGGACCACUUAUCACAUUAGGUUUGAAACGUUUUAUAAGGGAAGCUGUCAUAUUGCUUGAGAUCAUUUGAUAAACGGUUUGAAAAGUAGCUUUUUAUUUGUACACACGACUGUUUUCAGUAAAUAAAAGGGAUUUGAGUCUUCAGUUUAAAUGUUGACAUUACAUAUAAGCAAACUCCACUUGGAUGUGUGAUUGUCAGACUGAUGAUAUUCAGGAUUUUACUGUUUUACUAAAUAAAUGGACUGACAGCCGCAUGUCAAACAUGAA